AUGAGACUUCCAAGUACUUUGUUCUUGACGGUUUGGCUUUGUGUGGUCACUAGUGCUGAGGAGUUACAAGUUAAUCCUCUGGGAAGAGCGAGUACAAAUUCAUACACUUCUGUAAUACCUUUCGUUUUCUUCUCCCCUCAGAAACCAAAGGAAAGUGCUAAUCAAGACACGUUUCUGCUGAAAAGAUCAAGGAUGCACUCAAAGCAGCAAAACCGGGUGACACACUAGUUCUCUUCCCAGGCACACACAAGGAACAAGUUGUUAUCAACAAAGACUCAAUCACAUUUCGGGGUUUACAAGAUCCAAGUGCGGACUUGAAACCCGGGACGAAUGAUGUGAGUAUCGAGUACGGCUCUCACGACAAGAAAGAAGAUGACGAUUCUGGUUUGUCUUCCAAUCAAUUUAUCUCCACUCGUCAUUCAUAUAACACAGACCCUGACAAGCACCCUUUUUAGCAACCCUUCUUCUCGACGCCUCCAACUUCCGCGCCUACAAUAUAAACAUAACAAAUACCUACAGCUCAUCCAAUACCGCCUCACCAGCAAUCUCAAAUUUGGGCGACAAUAAUGCGUUCUACACAUGCGGUAUCCAUGGUAAACAAGGAACCUUCUACGCCCACAAAGGGAGUUUGUUCGUGAGUAGAAGCUAUAUUGAAGGGACAGUGGAUGUUAUUUAUGGCAGAAAUGGCAAUGCCUGGUUUCAGGGUGUGAAAGUUGGUGCCUUGAGAAAGGGUGGGACAUUGACGGCGCAGGGAAGGGAGGCAAGUGGGGACGAUGGGUGGUUUGUUUUUGAGAAGGGGUUAGUCCGCUUUUUUAUUUGCUUUUCGUGGGAAAAAUGGGAAGAGUAAUAAAUGUGUAAUACUAAUGAUCUCUAUAGAAAACUUGCGAUUGCGAAGAAAGCGGAUAGUGGGACGAAAGGAAGUGUUUACCUCGGUAGACCAUGGGGGGAUUACGCGAGGACGGUGUUUCAAAAUAGUAAUUUGGGGGAUGUUGCUACUGAAGCCGGGUGGCAACGUUAGUAUUCUGAUAUAUCCUCCUUUACUCUUCAAAUACGGAUUCUGACUUUUGGAAAGUGUACACCUCCGCGCAAUCGACGAAAAAUAUCCUGUUUGGGGAAUACUCGAAUACUAAUGCUGAUGGACCGAGGGUUUCGUGGGCAAAAUCAAUGGGUAACGCAGAGAAGAUUACGAAUGUGUUACCGAAAUAUAAUGAGUGGGUUGAUGCGGGGUUUAUUGGUGUUAGUUAUCCUGUUUGA